AAAUAAAAUAGUUUUUCCAUCAAUUUUAAUUUUAUUAUUUAAAAAAAAAAUAAAAUUAUUAACUUGAAUAAGAACUUUAGAAUUUUUUUUUGACGUUUAGCAGAUCCCAACUUCAGCUCGACUCCAUUAGGUACCUGUUUUCAGUAGUAGUAUUUGCUAUGUUAUAACGCUGUUACAGUGUGGGUCAGUACGGGAUUUAUUUUGUCAACUUGAGAUAAUGUGUGAUCAAACGGAGGUUUCGUACCUCCCUAAUGAUGUUGUUUGGGUGAAGUUAAGUAAUGUUUGGUGGCCUGCUCAAGUGCAGGAUGAAACCAAACUGGAUGAAGAUGUCACAUCUGGUCUUCGAAAGAAACCAUUAGCUAUUGUGAAGUUUUUUGAUGAAGAUUUAUAUGAGUUCCCCAAAAACCUGAAUCAAAUUUAUCAUUACAACUGCUUCAAGAAAGAAGAAUUUAUCAGAAAAGGAUUAGAUUUGUGUCGUCCCAGUGGAUACAGAGAAGUUUCGGAAAAUAUGAAAAAAUUUCCAUUAGAUAUUAAAAAAGCUGAAAUUUUGACUGGAGGAAACCCCGAUAUUAUAAAUGACCCAAAAUACCUUCCAGAAGAAAAAUUUGAUUACAGAGAACAAUUCGGCUUAAAGCCUCGUAAAAAGUCAAGUUUAGGUUCAAAGCAUAAUAGCUCUGAUACUGAAACACCCAAACAAUCAAGAGUGAAGUUUUCUACCCCUAUAUCAGCACCUUCAACUUCAAGAACUCCAGAAAUGAAGAUUUCCAAUUCCACAAAAUCAUUUUCUAAUCCUAUUAAGAGAAUGAUAGCAGUGAAAAGAGUUGCUGCUGGGAUUGUGAAAGGGGAAAAUUUUGACAAAGAAAAUGAUUCCAAUAAAUUUUCGUCAAAACGGUAUCGUUGUAUUUUUUGCAACUAUUCCUGUUGUCGAAUGGGUGUGAUUGUUGAGCACUAUAGAUCACACUACAGAGGGUUGAUUUUACCACUUCCUACUCAAAUUCCACAGAAUUAUUGCAAGAUCUUUCAAAGUAAUUUUUUUAAACAUAAAGACGGUAUCUCUAGCACGCCAAAUGCGGGCCUGAAAUAUGCUUCAGAAAAAGCUUCUGUUAAGAGGAAAUCUGUUGAAGACUCUACUCCUCUAAAAAAACGAAAAUAUGAUCUUACUAAGAAAGAGAAAACAGUACCAACUCCUGGAUCAUCGAUGGCCAUCCCUGUUAAAGACAUUGUAGGUUCAGCUGCUACUCCUAAAAAGCGACCACGCAAGUCUAAAGACACAAAAUCUGGCACCGUAAAAGAGCCUGAGGCAUUAGAUAUUCUGAAAGAUUGGGAAGAUGAUUUGGAAGAAGAGGUGGAAAUCAAAUUGACUGAUUCAGAAGUAGUUGAAAUUGAUGAUGUUAAAGAUACGUCUAAAAGUAUUUCUGAUAGUUUGUCAGAGAAUGAGCAACCGCAGCAACCUCCUCAAGAGCAUAAGUCACCUGUAUCCAAAGAAAAGUGUUGCUUUGACUUUGAAGACAAUGAUGAAUCUCUAAACUUGAAUAAGUCUUUGAAAUUUGGGCAGAAACUGCCAAGAGUCAUUGCUGAGGAAAAGCCAAACGUUCAGAGAUUGUUAAAAGAACUUAAGGAAUCUAAAGAAUCACCCUCGACUAAAGAAGAACCUAUGAAUGAAGAUUUUAGUGAAGAAAUUGAAAAUUUGCUGAAAAGUACUGAGGUUCCCAAACUUCCAGGAAUUCCCAAAACAAACUUACCAAAGUCAUUUAAUGAAGAUUCCUCGGAACCUGUACAAGAUAUUAUUGAGAGAAAUGACUCGUCAAAUGAACCUAUUGACAAAGAUUCUUCUAAAGAGAUCGAAAUAGAGUCAGAGGAUUCAAGUUCUAUGAUACAGUCCGUGACUUCUUCCGAAACAACUGUGGAAUCUGCAUCUACAAUUCCAGAAACAUUUGCAGAUUCUAAGAAUGAUUCAGUUGUUGAUUCUCCUAGUGAACCAAUUAAAAAAAAAAUUGAAGAGCAAAAACCACUAGGAGAAAAAAACAGUUCUAAUUCUUCUGAAGAAAGUAUUUCAGCAUUGAAUGUAUCUAUUUCUGAAAAUAUACCCGAUAUCAAAACAUCAGACUCAAAGGAUUUUGAAGAAAAAGAACAUUUAACACAAGAAGCAUGUUCGUCAAAAGAUAUUGUAAGUCAGGAGGAUAUUUCUAGGAAUGAAUCCAAAACAAGUUCCAAUGAAAAUGAUUUUCAAUCAAUUAUAAAUAAUGAGGUUGAUGAGGCAGAUAUUGCUCUACAAUCAACAACAGUAGGAUCAACAUUGAGCAAAGAAAAAACAAAUGAGAUUUCCGAGAAUAUUUCUGAAAGCGAAAAGGAUAUCAAGGAUUCUUUUGUCGAAGAAGAGGUUUCAAAUAAUGUUGAAGAUUCAAUACCAAUGGAGGUGGAUGUAGAUAGCCGUGAAGAAAUUGCAACUUCUAAAGCAGAGGAAGAACAGUGCAUUAGCAAGCAGGAUGAAGUUUUACUGAGCACUGAAAAAAUUUCCAUAUCUGAAGCUAAAUCAUCAAAUGAAGAUGAUGAAAAGUCACUUAAAGAAACAGAAACUAGUGAUAAAAAAAAUGAACUUAAUCAAAUUCCUAUUGGUAAUACGAUGAAAAUUCAAGUUGUUACUAGUUCUGUAAAAGAUGAUAAGUCUGCCAAAGUUGAACCAAGUACUUCUUCAGGCACUCCAACAGAUCAAAUCCCUUUUGAUAUUAACUCAAUGCCAAUUGUUAUAGACCAAGAUCCCAUAAUGGAAAUAAUGGAAGGCCAUAUUGAACCAUUACCUAAUGCGGAUGUAGUAAGGCUUUAUAUUAGGAAUAGUGGGGAAGAGGAGCCUGAAGAUUUCCAAAGCCCAAGGCGGUUAUUAACUGUAUCUCCUCCUCCACCCAAUUUACCACCAAUUCCAGGUGUAAAGAAAAUACCCUUACCUCCUCCAAAAAAUAAAAAUGGAGCCAAUAGUUCAAAUAAGAUUUCUGCCAGUGCGACAUCUGGUAGCUCGACCAGAUACACUCUCAGUAAACAACCCGCUAAAACUACUUCACAAGUUCAGCAACCUAAAAUACUUUUUAUCAAAUCUGCAUCAGGUGCUCCUGGUAAACUUCUGAUUCCUCAACAACAAAGCAGCAUUUUCGCCCAAGCAGGUAAACUACAACCAGGUACUAGAAUCUUGACUACGAAUCCUCAAAUGGUUUCAAAAGGUUCAAUACAAAAGAAAGUUACUACUAAAUCUAUAGUAGUUGGUAAACAAGGUUUUCCUACAACUACAAAAGUAAUCCCAAAGUCAGUAAUUGGGCAAGUCAUUCAAAAAGUUGCACAAAAACCUAUAAUUUGUAAUAAAAACACUUCCACGCUUCUUGUAAAUUCUCCAAAGACAAUUGUAAACAGGCAAGUUGGAAGAAAUGUCCUACUAUCUUCCCAACAAUUGAAAACUGGCACUACUGCAAUGCAGGUCACGGGGACAAAAGUAGUUAGGGCAGCACAGGUUGUCAAAGCACCAGGUACUGUCUUUCAACAGGCAGAAACUGUUCUACCACCAAAAGUUGUUCAAUCAACAAGUGCCCUGAGCGAAAACAAAAAACAGACUGUCAAGAACAAACCGGUCAGCCCCAAUAUUUUACAAAAAACACAAAGGAAAGUUGCUCGACAGCAGGUUAUUAAAAAACCACAGCUUUUAACUAUUCCAUCUUCAGUUCAGCAGCAAUCAGAAGUAGUUACUGUUAAUAAUCUACCAAUAGUUCAGAGUAUUGGUUCUCACUCAUCCUCAGAGCCAGUCAAGAUGUUAUAUUUAGUCGAUAAUAGCCAAUAUACUGUUGAAAAUUCUGGUAUACCUGUUGAAAAUGAUAACCAAAAUAUUUACGUAACUUCUACAUCUAGUUCAGGAAAUAUAGAUAAUAUAAUUUUUUCAAUAGAUGGCACAGCUAAUUUCGUCAACAUUUCCAAUGAUACUGCAACUUCUAGCAGCACCCAUGUUCCGAGUCAGGAUAUCCUUGCCAAGGCUUUGGCUAAUACUCAAGUUUUACAGUCAGAAACUACGGAUAUUGUUGACAAUGAAAAUACUGUCUAUGUCGACCAACAAUUUCAAGCUCCAUCACUGUCUAACACCGUUUUGGAGACUUCUUUAACCUUGAAUCAGCCUCCAAUAAUGACGCCUUUAGAAGUUCCUUCAUCUAUUACCCCACAAUCCAGUGUUUCUCAUAUUAUCCCAAUUACCAAUAUAACGAAGAAAGCCGAUAUUCAGCAACCUUCUAUGCCUCUACUGACCGAUGAUGUUGAUGUACCGGGAAAUACUGUAUUCUUGAGUGACAGUUCAGCGAUUCCCACCACUUCUGGCCAUUUGACCUUCCAGCUGGUACACGACAAUAAUCUUGUUGUUUCUUCAGGCAUAAUGCAAGACAAGUCUUUAAAAUUGAAUUCUGAUAGUAAGGAAGAUAAUGUUCUUCCAGAAUUUUUAAAAGGCAAUUUUGGCAGUAAAUCUGAAAUUCCUAAAAAACAACCUUCUCCUAAACGCAGUGAGAGGUAGUCUGUUCAUAUAUCAUUUUUGGAAACAGACUAGAUGUCUGUCUUUAUUUUUCAUUGUAAAUAAAAUUAUUUUUUUAAUUUAAUAUUUUAUUUUAAAGUACCUGUAAAUAUGAUUAUUGUUAAGUAUUUAUUUUUUUUAAUUUCUAUCAAACGAUGAGCUAUUUAUGCCCAUGCAUCCAUCUAUUAAGUUUUAUUAUUUUUAUUCAGUUAUUUAAAAUACAUAUUGAUAAAAUGUAUUUUAUUUUAAUGUUAUCCUUUUGCUAUGGGUAAUGUUUUUAUUAAAAAAAAAAAACUAUUUUCAUUGAUGCUAUUGAGCAUCAUUUACCCAAGUAUUGUUUUAUUGAAAUAUUCUAUUUCAAAUAGAAGAAAAAUUAUUGUUAUUUCAAGUGUUUUAUCCUUCAAUAUAUAUAUAUAUAUGUUUGCU